CGCUUAUGUACUAUACACCCACGUGGGUUACAGCGGCGGAUGGGGUUACUGUUGUGACAUUGAUUGGCUGAGAUAUUGAAAGAUGACCCUUGCGGUUUGUCGAAUAGGAAGAAGAUGUCGGCUUUUAAAUCUUACGAAUUGUGUAAGUUUUUCCAACACUCUAAAAGACUCAAAAGAAGUAUCACAGAUCUUGCUAAGGAGAACUGAAAUAGCUGGGACUCGGCAGCUUGCCUGCCCGACGGGUGCCAUUGAUGUGACGCGUAGCUGCAUUUUGUUGCCUGGUGGAAGAACUGCUCGAUACAGCACGACGGUCGCACAACCACACAGCGAUUUGCCUUCUGUCACCUCCGAUCAGCAACAGGAGAAAGCCGUGAUACUCAAUACAGAUAUCGAAGCUGAUCUGCAAGAUCUGGAAAGUCUUCCUCCCUUGUCUCCGCUGGAAGAAAUUAGUGAAAAUGAAGCUGUUCAGAUUGAUGCAGAUCCUCCAAUAUCCCCUGCAUCUUUCUCCCUUAAAGACUACGUGGACCGAUCCGAGACCUUACAGAAACUUGUGAACCUUGGUGUUGAUUUGUCAAAGAUAGAAAAACGUCCCAAUGUGGCAAAUGUUCUUCUUCGGUUAGAUUUUGAGAAAGAUGUGAGCAAAAUUCUCCUUUUCCUGAAGGAUGUGGGUUUAGAAGACCAUCAGCUCGGGCCAUAUUUGACGAAGAAUCCUUUUAUUCUAAGUGAGGAUCUGGAAAACCUACAGACAAGGGUGGCUUACCUGAGCAGGAAAAAAUUCGGCAAAGAAGCAAUUACUCGGAUGGUCUCGAGAGCUCCCUAUCUGCUGAACUUUUCGGUGGAGAGACUGGAUAAUCGUCUGGGCUUCUUUCAGAAGGAGCUUGGGCUCAGUGCAGAGAAGACAAGGGAUCUUGUUACUCGUUUUCCAAGGAUGGUGACCGGCAGCCUGGAGCCUGUUAGGGAAAAUCUUAAGGUGUGUGAGAUUGAACUUGGAUUCCGUAAAAAUGAAAUACAACACAUCGCACUGAGAGUUCCCAAGCUAUUAACCUCCAACAAGAAGAAGCUCACAGAAACGUUUGAUUAUGUGCACAAUAAAAUGGGAAUUCCUCACCAUAUUAUUAUAAAAUUUCCACAGGUUUUCAAUACAAAUCUGUUGAGGUUGAAGGAGAGACACCAGUAUCUGACUUUUCUCGGACGAGCGGUGUAUGACCCAACACAACCAAACUACGUGUCUUUAGAUAAGAUCGCUUCCUUGCCUAAUGAUUGUUUUUGUGAUGAGGUCGCCAAGACAUCCGUACAAGAAUUUGAACACUUCCUAAAAACACUUUAAUAAAAUAAUUUAAAAAAAUAUUGUGUGAUGCUUAAAAAAUGCCUUUGGUUUCAUACUGCUAUGCAAAUAAAUUUCUAUAUUAUGUUAUUCUAACACUUUAAUAAAUACGCAUAUGUCUCAAUAUGAUCAGAAUGC